AUCCUAUAUUUGAUUUGAGUGUGACAAAUCAUUUUCUAAGCAGUUUUCAUUCUUUUUCCAAUCAGAUUGUGAGUAUAUGCACAUAAAAGUGUCUCAUUUUCUUUGUUUCUUGUUUGAGAUGUGUUCUCCUCUCCAUUAAAUUAAAGUUGUUUUGUGCUUUCUCCAAAGUACUUAUUAUUUUUGAUAAGUAACGAAAAUUUUAUUAAAAAACGAAAAACAACCAACCUGAGUACAUUGGGAAUGUACCAUGGGGGCAUAAAUCAAUAACCAAGAUUACAAUGAUCAAGUAAAACAGGAAGGGAAGAACAAGAAAAAUGACAAAAGACCACACUCCAGUCAAGGAGAGUGUGUAAAAAAAAAAGACUUAAUCUCUAACAUAGAGCGUUCACAUCCCUCAAAGUUUCUAGCAUUUCUUUCGUGCCAAAUACACCAUAACAAGUAAUGAGGCACAAUUCUCCACAACUCUAUAUUUCUAUGUCUUUCAAACCUACCCUACCAAGACUCAAACAACUCAAUAACCUUCUGAGGCAUAAUCCAAUGAAUUCCAAACAAACAAAACACCAACGACCACAACUCACAAGCAAUGGGGCAAUGAAGAAGAAGAUGAUCCACUGACUCCCCACAAUUCUUACACAUAUAGUACCAAUCAAUAACUAGCACUCGUCAUUUGCGAAGGUUAUCUGUUGUUAAAAUCUUACCUAAGGAAUCUUACCAAAGUACUUAUUAUUAUUUUCUGCCACUCAAUCAGAGAGUAGGAGUGGUACUGUAAUGGGAAUAUCUUAGAUUGAAAACUAUUACAAAUUUUCAUUAUUGUAUAGCAGCAUUUAAAAUGAGUUCAUAUAUCUCAAAUUUUGUUGGUCUUGUGUAUCUGACACGUUGUUCAUCUUGUUUUUUGUGGAAUGAGUUUUUUAUUUUUUUUUUAUUUUUUAACAAUAGAUGCAUGUCAAGAUUUCAAAAAUGUUUUUCCUCCAUGUUUAAGUGUUUCUCUUGACCUUCCAUGUACUAGUGUGUGCCCUUGAAAUAUAUAGUUUGGGGACAUGGAAUGUCAACAAGGCAGCAGACAUUGGGGAAAAUGGCCUUUUAUGAAGCAUAUACUUGGUGGUGCAGGGAGCUUAAUUCAUUCACAGCAUUAUAAUUGGCAUGUGGAGGGUCCUUCAUAUGUGAAGAUUGGGGAAUAUGAAGAAACAAUUGGCACAUGCUUGGUCUUCACAGAAGAAGAUGGUAAUCCAGUGGUUCAUGAAGAGGUAGGACCAUCUGAGGCCAACCUUUUCUCAGGAAAAUGUAUAAUAGAUCCUAAUCAAACUCCAAGCAAGCAAGUGAAACCGGUAACUCAGCUUCAGAAAAUUCUAAAGUUUAGAUUGGCCACAGAUGCUGACAUUCAAUGUUCGACAGCUGAGCAGACUAAAUGAGUAAGUUUGAAACAAAUUUUCCUUGGUGAUUCCUUACAGAAUCUUAUGCUGGGAUUUGGAUCCAUUCAACAGUCAAGGAAUGUCAGUUAGGGAAUUCCAUACUUAAGGAUGGUUUAUAGAAACCUACAGAAAUGCAAAUUCAAAGCAGUAACAAUGCCUAGGUAUUUGUUAUUAGUGAUUCUCUGGAUGGAAUCAAUGGUUUUACAGGGAACCUUGUCCCCCUAAGUCCCAGGCCCUCCAAAAUCUACAAGUCAUGGAUAGAAUUCUGUGCUAGUGUGAUUUUGAUUCUUCCAAUUUUGUGAUGAGGCAUCCCAAUCGUUUAAGAAUUAUCAUGUAUCCUUUGUAAGCAGGCAGGAAUUCAGAUGAAACAUGAACAAAUUGAUCAGUACAUUUUUAAUAUUUUUGUAAGCAAACCAAAAAAUUCAGUAAAUGUUCAUAACACA